ACGAGCUGCGCGCGCGGGUGCUCUCGGAGCGCGAUUCGCCCCAGAUCCGAGGCAGCGGUCUCAAGUCAGGGGCGAUUCUAAUGGGUCCAGCAAAAGGUUCUCGGACAAUCCCCAGGAUCACAAUAAAAAAACACGAGGAUCGACAGUAUCAUGAGGAUCCAACUAGUUCAAGCAAGAUGAAACUUAAAAAGAGGAAGAUGUCAGACUUGGGUCCUCAAUGGAGCAAGGAUGAGCUGAUGCUCUUUUAUGAAGCCUACCGCCGACAUGGGAAAAACUGGAAAAAGGUCAGUGCAGUAAUUGGUAGCAAAUCGACUGACAUGGUAGAAGCUCUUUACAGUGCACAUCGGACUUUCUUGUCUCUUCCGGAGCGUGACGGUACUGCCAUGGGAUUUAUUGCAUUGGUUACUGGUCAUCACAAUGUUCUGGAAUCCCCAAGUCAUAAAGAAACUGAUCAGAUAGUUAGAUCAUCUGGGAAGCGACGGAGACGUGGAGAAGCUGCGCAGCAUAAAGAAAAUGCAGCACUCCACCCUCAUGAUGCCUUUACAUAUGAGGAAAUGAGUGUUGCUGGGUUUACAUCUUCUUUCAAGGAACUAUACUAUGGAGAACUUGUCAGAUGCAUCAGACGUCAUCCUGUUGAGAAACGUACCCCUCGUGUACCGGUUAUAGCUCCUUCAGACAUAAAUGCUACCUACAACAGCACACCACAAAUUAAAAACAUUGUCAGUUCUUCAAAAAAUACUAAGGAAGACAUAAAUGAUGAUGGCACCGUCAUUGCAAUGGAUGAAUGCUCUCCUGAUGGAAGCUCAGGAAUCACUGAAGCAAAUAAGGUUGCUGAGGGUCAGACUUUCUUGGAAAUCAGAAGAACUGGAGACACGGAGAUAUCUCAGACCCAACAACAUUUGAAAAAGAGAAGAAUUCAGGAAAGCACGGACGAAGCCCAGACCAGUAAAGUUGAGCUUGGAACCACGAUGGUGGCUGAAGAAAGGAAUAAUUUAGAUGAUUAUCAGAGACUUAGUCAGUUAUUUUCUCCAGAUGAGAUGAUGGUCUUAGAUGUAUUGGAGAGUCUGGUGACCGUGCCCAGUAAAAUGCCGCAGCCUGAGAUUAAUAUUCCUUCAGGUGCACUUGGAAAGAGAACUUCUGCAUCAUCUCAUAGACAGGAGGAAGUGCUUCCCCCAGUUGAUCAAUCUAAACAAAGGAAGCAAGCCAGUGAAUCCAGUGCUUCCACUGCAAAGAAGAAAAGAAGAAAUAAGUUAUUAGAUGGAGAGGUGCUGGCUGAAGAACAACAAAGCAAUUCUGGCAAUUCUUCAGUUAUACCAGAGGCACGUCAGGUUGAUACCACCGAGCGGCCCUCCUUGAAUCCUGACUUUGAAAAAGGGGCAACAGAUUUACCUGAAUCAACUGCAAAUAUUUCUGCUGAAGUAUCCUCUGAUGCACCGAUGGAAAUUGACUCUCAAAUAAAUAUGUCAAGGAAAAGCAAAAGAAAAUCCAAAAUACCAUGCAGAACAAAGCAUGUGUUUUGCAAUGAAGGUGCAGAUAAUUUACAGGCAACCAAAUUGCUCCAUUGCUUGUCAUCUGAAUCACUUCGUAGAUGGUGUACAUACGAGUGGUUCUACAGUGCAGUUGAUUAUCCAUGGUUUAUGAAUAAUGAAUUUGUGAACUACUUAAAUUUUGCAAAAUUGAGCCAUCUGUCAAGGCUCACUCGAUCUGAGUGGAGCACAAUCCGAAGUUCUCUUGGCAAGCCCCGCCGCUUUUCUGACCACUUUCUGGCAGUAGAAAAGGAAAAACUUGAGGAUUAUCGCGAAAAUGUUAGGAAAUACUAUUCUGAACUAAGUGAUGGUUUGCGGGAUUCUCUACCAGCAGACCUAGCUCGGCCUUUUUCAGUUGGCCAGAAUGUCAUUGUUCGUCACCCAAGUAGCAGAGAACUUUGUGACGGUAAAGUCCUACUUAUGGAGCGGGAUUGUUACAAGGUGCAGUUUGAUAGGCCUGAUCUAGGUGUUGAUAUAGUGAAGGACACUGAUUGUAUGCCUAUAAACUGGCUGGAUAAUCUGCCUGAUCAUCUCAAGAAGAGGAACUCCCUCUCAAAUAAUGCACACCGGAAAGUGGAUAUUGAGCACAUUCCAGAGCUUACUACAAAAGAGAGCUGUGGCCAUAUCAUAAAUGGUGUUUCUCGAUCUGAGCCAUCCAGUAGUCCACAUGUAACGUCAGAGGUUGAAUCUGCUGUAGAUUGUGAAAUGCUACCCAACAAGAGUACCUCUGGUAGAUAUACAGCGUCACCACUCCAGUUCGCGGAUGCCAGUUCACAACCUAGAGGUCGUGCAAACAACAUGAGUGCUCGCGAUACUGAGCUGGAUUCUUUUGUUACUGCAUUUGUCCAAAACUCACUUUCACAAGCCAAGCAGAUGGUUGGUGAAGCCAUGCAGGCUGAAUCUCGGGAAGAAGGAAGAUGUACAUCAAAUCAAGCAUCGCAUUGCCUGGAAUCUGAAGCUGCUCUUGGUGAUGGCCAACUUCCAUCCAGCCUGAUACUGAACUGUGUUGCUACCGUCCUUGCAAUCAAGGACCUUAGCGAAUACCGGCAUCCGCCUGCGAAAAUAGCAGGUGUCUUGGAGCACGCUUUCUCGAUGCUGCGGCCGAGCUGUCCAGAGAACCUCGCAAUCUACAGCGAGAUCGAGAGCUGUAUCUCCGUCGUCAAAAACCAGAUACUGGCACUUGUGCCAACAGCGUCUGGCAAUGGCAGCUCUGCUAUGCUGAUGUAAGUAGUCCCAGCUGCGGAAGACACUCACUCCCUCUGCUGUAGAUUCAAGAGGCACUGGUUUUGCAGCUGUGUGUCCCUCUGUUACUCAGGAAAGCCGGGCAUCUGGAGUAAAGAUGAACUCCGCUGUGCCCACAUGAGCUUUAGUUAUGCAGCAUUUGGAGUAGAAAACGUAGCAUAGAUAAGUUCCUGGAUUGAUUGUCCAGCCCCCUUGUAAUCUGUGUAUAUAAUAGUAUUGCAAGAAUAAACUCUUCAGGGCCUGCUUGGAGUGGUGCAGUUCAUUUCUCACAGGGGCAAUAAAAGUACACAUGUUCAGAAAAGGCCUCUGUUUUGUUCUUG